AUGUCCCCAAACAAGACCCUCAUCUACAAGCGCUACACGCCGCACUUGCCAGUGCCCGGCGAGCACCUGACCGUGGAGCAACGGGCUUUUGAUCCUACGAAGCCACCUCCCCCGGGAGGCAUCACCAUCAAGAACACAUACUUGUCCCCUGAUCCCUACCAGCGCGGGCAGAUGAGAGGCCCUGGCGAGACGGGUACCUACUCCAUCCCCUGGGUCGAGGGUCAGCCGGCCGUAGUUAUGACAAUUGCCACUGUGAUCCAAUCGGAUGCCCCAGGAUUCAAGCCUGGAGACCAUGUGCUCGCUAUGGCGGAUGCUGCAGAGUAUGCUGUCGUUCACGCCGAAAUGAUGGGCUAUACACGACUUAUAGCCUUGCCAGAGGGUAUUAAUAUUGGCCCGCCGACCCUUCUAGGUGCACUAGGUGUUGCAGGCCUGUCAGCAUACGUGAGCUUUAAUGAGUACGUUACGGAGCCGCGGGCUGGCAAGACCAUUCUCAUCUCUGCUGCAAGUGGCGCCGUCGGCCAGUUGGUAGGUCAAAUGGCCAAAAUGCACGGGAUGAAGGUCAUCGGCAGUACCGGGAGCCAGGCCAAAGUCGAUUUCGUUACUAAGGAGCUGGGCUUCGAUGGUGCUUGGAACUAUAAAGCCGAGAAGACAGCUGAUGCCCUAACGAGACUGGCCCCCGAAGGCCUUGACUUCUAUUAUGACAACGUCGGUGGCGAGCAGCUCGAGGUCGCCCUCACUCGAAUGAAGGACUAUGGCCACAUAAUUGUGAGCGGUAUGAUGUCGGUAUACAUGUAUCCUGACGAGGAGAAGUACGGAAUUCGGACUGGCAUGAACAUUUUCUUGAAACGUCUGACACUUCAUGGUUUCAUAUGCUCGGAUGCUCAGAACAUGGAGAAGUACAUGCCAUCAUUCCCUACGGACAUGGUAACCUGGAUCCUCCAGGGUGCUAUCAAGACUAAGGAAGAAGUUGUGGUAGGGAUAGACAACAUGCCUGACGCAAUGGUGAGGAUGUGGACAGGUGAUAAGUUUGGCAAAAUGGUCGUGCAGGUUGACAAGAAAUGA